GUCCGGUCCAGAGCUUGUUCACGUCCGUCAAACUUUACUAACGUCGGUUUGCUGUGGAGUUUGUUAAUUUUUGUAGACGCCUCAAAAAAUUAUUUCGGGAGCAGUUUUCAUGUGAUAACAACCAGAGUAGAGCCGGCGGGACUGACUUCAGCUCAGUCGGUUUAAGUUUGAACUAUUUCGGCGGUUUUUGAAGGUUAGCGCCGCCGCGGCAGGAUACGAGCAGCUAGUCGGUUAGCUGCUGUUGCUAAGUUACCGUCAUCUUUAGCUGAAGAAGCGUCGACGGGAUCACCGAGGAGGAGUAAAAACGAUUUGCGGCUGCUUUUGCUCAGAUCCAGAUUUGUUGAAGCUCCGUCAUCUGUGGUGAAGACAAGAUUGGCCCAGUAAAUAACGUCUAGUGCUUACACAACAGUGGCAGAGGUGACCGGUCAUGGGCAGCUGGAAUUCAUAAAACUACCAAAAUGUCGUCAAUCCAAGGACUCCCUUCACGAGGAUCAGAUGUCACAAUUACCAUAACCAGGGUCCACUUGCAUCCUCUGUCUGUGGUUGUGGAGUUCUGGGGAAAAUUUAGCCAGGAGAAGACAGCAGAUUAUGAGCGCCUAUCUAAAGACAUUCAGUCUCCUGGGAACAGAUUUCAAGAGUUGGAGGGAAAUCCUGGUGACCAGUGCUUGGCUCAGGUAGAUGGUACUUGGUACAGAUCCCGCAUUGUCUCAAGAAAUGGCUCCAAAUACAGUGUGUUCCUCAUCGACAAAGGGAUGACAUCCAGCGCCACAAGAAGUAAGCUGGCAUGGGGUAAGAAAGAGCAUUUCCAACUGGCCCCUGAAGUGGAGUUUUGUGUGUUAGCUAAUGUGUUACCACUCUCACCUGAGAGCAGAUGGUCUCCGGUUGCUCUGGAUUUUUUGAAAUCUCUCGCCGGGAAGUCUGUGACAGCAUAUGUACAAGAUGUACUUGUGCAGCACAGAACGUUUCUCCUGCACAUCCCUUCCAUAGCCAGACAAAUGUAUGAGAUGGGAUUUGCCAAGAAACUGUCACAAGACUUGUUCCAAGACUUUGUACUCAUGACGCUCCAGUCCCAUAGCGCUUCUGAAGCGUCUCCAGGGAUCCAGCAGCUCUCCAAAGGAGCAGGUGAGCGACUACACAAGCAAGAGCUGUUCAUGUACCCAGAGCUGCCAGGAGGAACUGUGGAGACCGUCAUCGUCACAGAAGUGACAAAUCCACAGAGGAUUUUUUGCCAGUUGAAAGUCUUCUCACAAGAGUUGAAGAAACUGUCAGAGCAACUCACACAGAGCUGCGAAGGCAGGGUGUCCAAUUGCAUUAUAGACCCUGAAAUGGCUGGGUUUCCAUGUGCUGCAAGAGGAGCUGAUGGCAAGUGGUACCGCUCUGUUCUACAGCAGGUAUUCCCAACCAAUAACAUGGUAGAAGUGUUAAAUGUUGACUUUGGAACUAAACAGUUUGUUCAAGUGAAGAAUGUCAGACCACUGGCUGCAGAGUUUUUCAGGAUGCCAGUUGUCACCUACAUCUGCUCCCUUCAUGGAAUCAUUGACAAAGGGGUGGGAUGGACAACCAGCCAGAUCGAUUAUCUCAGGUGCCUCCUCCUGUACAAGACAGUGAUCGCCAAAUUUGAGUACCAAAGCAUCUCUGAGGGGGUUCACUAUGUUACACUCUAUGGGGACGACAGCGUAAACAUGAACAACUUGUUCGGUGCGAAGGAGAGCUGUUUUCUGGAGUGUGAUAAAUCCCUUGGAGAUUACACCCUCCGUAACUCUGCGUACAGCCGCCAGCCUCCAGUCCGACAAGACAGCAAUGACAGAAACAUGUUAACUUCUAGACAGGCUGUAGAGGAAAACAAAAUGAAAGCAGCAGAGAAGUUACCUGCUGGAGAUCUCCCUCUAAACUCCUCACAUGUGGCAGUUGUUCAGCACGUAUCCAGCCCAUCACAGUUUUGGAUCCAAACACAGAAUUACACACAGGACUUGGAUGAACUGAUGGAUGGUAUCUAUCAUCUGUACAAAGAUUCACCUAAUAAAGAUCCAGUAAGAAAUCCAACUGUUGGACUCUACUGUGUUGCCAAGUCAGAAGAUGGUGAAUUCUACAGAGCAACAGUGACUGAAGUUUGUGAGACGCAAGUCAAAGUGUUUUAUGUAGAUUAUGGAAACACCGAGGUGGUUGACAGGAGUGACAUUAGGAUGCUUCCUGCCAAGUUCAAAAAGCUGCCAUGGCUGGCGCUAAAAUGCAUCUUGGCUGGUGUCAGACCAAAAGAAGAGACAUGGGGUGAAAGUGCCUCUGAGUUUUUCUUCAAAGCAGUCACAGAUAAAUCAGUAAGUGUGCACGUGACGGCAAAACAUGGUGACAGCUAUGUUGUCCAACUAACAGAUCCUGAAGCACAGGGAGAACAGGAUGUCAGUACACUGAUGGUUAGCGCUGGUCUCGCUGAAAGAUCUGAGAUUCAAACCAAAGCCAAAGUCAAUAUGCCAACUCCCAUUAUGCCUCCCGCACAGUGCCCAGCUCCCAGAGCCUCAGGUGUAUUCAGCAGCAGUGGAAUGUCUUUCCUGAUCCCAAACCCAGUUUUCCUUGCCAACACUGAAAGAAGAGUUCUUACAUUUAAAGAGCACAUGUUUCCCAUCGGAAGUGUCCUUGAUGUCACUGUGUCCUACAUUGAAAGCCCAAAUGACUUCUGGUGCCAGCUAGCACAAAACACAGGCUACUUGAAACUGCUAAUGCGUGACAUACAGGCUCACUAUGCUGGCAGCGAGUUUGAGCCUAAUGUAGAAACUGCUUGUGUUGCUCGCCAUCCCGAUAAUGGAAUGUGGUACAGAGCCCUCGUGAUUCACAAACAUGAAGCCCCUCAAGUGGACGUAUUGUUUGUCGACUACGGCCAGAUGGAGACGGUCUCCCUCUUUGACCUGAGAAGGAUCCGCCCAGAAUUCCUGACUCUGCAUGGCCAGGCUUUUCGAUGCAGCCUGUUAAACCCCAUUGAUCCCACGUCUGCCAUUAAUGAGUGGAAUGGAGAGGCAGUAACAAGGUUCCAGAAGUUUGUGGAAACUGCUGUGUCCAACUUUGUGAUUUUAAAGUGCACCAUAUUUGCUGUCAUGUACAGUGAGCAGAAGAUUGUUUUCAACAUUGUGGAUUUAGAAACUCCCUUCGAGAGUGUCUGCACCAGUUUGGCCAAUCUUGUCAAAAGUGCACCUCCCAAGAAAGCCACUGGGCCAUCUUUCCGCCUGGACACGUACUACUACUCAACACACAAUGUCAAAACCGGGACAGAGGAGCAGGUCACAGUAACAUGUGUGAGCAACACAGGCCAGUUCUACUGCCAGCUUGAGAAGAAUGUUGAUGUGAUGAAAGACCUCAAGAUGAAAGUGAGCAAUCUGUGCCGCCAGCUGGAGAAUGUAAAGCUUCCAGCAGUCUUUGGAACUCUGUGCUUUGCACGAUACACAGAUGGGGAGUGGUACAGGGGCCAGAUCAAGGCCACAAAGCCGGCAAUUCUGGUGAACUUUGUGGAUUAUGGGGACACUAUUGAGGUGGAGAAAUGUGACUUGCUUCCAGUUCCCAGAGAGGCAAAUGACAUCAUGUCUGUACCUGUGCAAGCAGUUGUGUGUGGUCUGUCUGAUGUCCCCGUCAAGGUUCCCGGCGAGGUGAACAGUUGGUUCGAGACAAAUGCAACAGAAUGUAAAUUCCGAGCACUUGUAGUAGCCAGAGAACCUGAUGGUAAAUUGCUGGUGGAGCUGUAUCAUGGAAACACGCAGAUCAAUGCAAAGAUCAAGAAAAUGUUUCAGAUUAAGAUGCACACAGAAGAGCAAGUUGUCAACCAGGGCUGGAAAGCACACGAGGCUUCAGCAAAUCAUGACAAAAAGACAGUAAAAGGUGUCUCAAAGCAAGCUGCAGACAUGGGAGAUCAGACACAAAUGGCAAAAAAAAAUAAUUUCUCUUCCCCUAAACCUCCACAUCAAAUGAGAGAUGUGAGAAAAUCUACUGAUGUGAAUCUCCUGCCUGCACCAAAGCCCACUCGCCCUGUUUAUGAAAACAGUCAGAAGGUCAGAACUGCUCCACUAGAGCUGUACAAACCUCCACAUCAAAGGCAGUCAUGUGGAAGGAUGACAAGUAACAGUUUAGAGCCAGCUGGAGCCCAUGUGAUGCCAAAAAAAGAAAAACCCACUGAUACUGAGUCUGAGUCACCUGACACCGAAUCCCAGAAUGAAAGCAAUGCUGAGAAACUCCCUAAACUCUCAGACCUGCCUUUAAAACCUAUCACACCUGGUUUGGCAGCAGAUGUUUAUGUCUCGCACUGCAACAGCCCAUUAAGUUUCUAUGUGCAGUGUCUGAGUGAAGAGGAGCAAAUAUUCUCCCUGGUAGAAAAGCUCAAUGAUCCCAGAUCAGCUCUGAUACCCAACAACAUCAAAGAUGCUCGUCCAGGUGACCUCGUUCAAGCAGAGUUUCCAGAUGAUUCCUUGUGGUACCGAGCAGUUGUAAGAGAAAUCCACGGCAACACGGAGGCUCUAGUUGAGUUUGUGGAUUUUGGAAAUACAGCAAUGACGCUGAUUUCCAAGAUAGGCAGACUCCAUAAAUCCUUUUUGGAGUUACCCGUUUACAGCACACAUUGUAUGUUGAGCAGCGCUGCAAGUUUUGAAGAAAACCGAGUGCUUGAUCCAGAUGUGGUGUCGGCUUUCAAAGACAACAUCGGUGACAACGCAGAAAAGGUUUUCAGGUGUGAGUUCAUCAGGCAGGUGGGAUCUGUGUGGGAAGUUAGUCUUGAAGACAGUGGCGUGAGUGUUGUGUGUGAAGUGAACACAAAAUGUCCUGAAAUACUCUCAGAGAAACUCGAGCAAGUUAAGGAGGAGCCUGUUGAGAUCUCUGACAUCAGCCAAGAGCCAGAGAACACAGAGAAAUCACUGGUGAACCCUUGCUGUUAUCAUCAACAAGAGUUUUUAGAUGGCCAACAGUCAGAGGUCUACAUCACAGUCUUAAAUGAUGAUCAGACCUUCUGGUGUCAGUCUGCUAACUCAGAAGAACUCGAUAAGAUCAUGUUAAGUGUCUCAGAGGUUGGAGAUGAUGCAGAUCACAACCCUGUCGACCCAGGUGCUGUCCUCCCUGGCAACCCAUGCAUCGCUCGCUUUUCAGAUGAUCAGCUUUGGUAUCGUGCAGAGGUCAUCAACACAGCUGGAGAUGAGCUUUCUGUUGUCUUCAUAGACUAUGGAAAUAAGUCCCAAGUCAACAUUACAGAUGUGAGAGAAGUGCCUCCAGUCUUGUUGGAAAUCCCACCACAGGCAUUCUUGUGUGAGCUUGAGGGCUUCGAUAAAUCACGUGGAUGUUGGGACAGCCGUGCAUACAAUGAAAUAUCCACACUUACAGCAGACAAACUGUUACAGCUGAAUAUCACUAGAGUCACCAGAGCAGACAGAAAAACCAAAUGCUUUGUGCGGAUGGAGUGUGAAGGCCAGGUGUUAAACGAGGUUAUGAAAACCUGGUGGAAGAGCUUCACAACGGAACACAAACCUGACACAGCUGAACUGACCUCGUCAUAUGAACCACCACUGCAGCAUGACCCAACUGUGGAUGAGGAUGUACCACCAGAGGAUCCACUACAGCAGCCUGAGAUCCAAGCAGUAGAUAGUGCUGUUAGUAAUGUUCACCCUGAGACAGACCACAGCCAAGAGCACAGCGCUGAUGAACCUACUGACCCUCACAGAGUGAAUGAGGUCUCUACAAUAGAAAAUAGUCCAGAGAACAGGGAGGACUCUGAAGAUUCUGCUCAUUCUGAGUCUUUUGUUGAGUCUCCAAAAGACGAAAGAGAUUCCAUUGAAGGGUUGGACAUAGUCCCUGCUGUGAUAACACCUCAUGAAGACAUUUUGCCAGAUGAAACUAUUUUGCCUCCACUUGAUAACAAACAAGGCCCAGACGUUUUGAGCUCAAGCUGUAACGUGAAUGCGGCAGAAACUGACAAAGGUACUGAAGAGCAGGAUACUUCAGUGGUGGACAGUGUUGGACCAGAGGACUUCAGUUCUCCGCUGGAUGAGAACCUUGUAGAGUCCAUGGAUGGGUCGGAGACAACUAAAGAGGAGUCUCUCCUUGAGGAGACGAAUACUUCUAACUCAUGCUUCGACAUCAUGGCUUUUACUGGUCCAGCUACAGAAAGAGAUUACAUGGAGGCUGGUGUUGUAACAAGUACUCCUCUGACCUGCAUGACGACAGCGAAACUGGUUCCCUGCAAAGCUGUAAAUCCGAGCAAACACACAGAUCUUGAUGAGACAAUUGAAACAACUUUCGAAGUCUCAAAAGAGAAUCAGGACGAGUUGGUGCUGCCGUCUAUUGAGCUUCCUGUGCAGCAGUCGUGUGAUGCUUCCAUAGAGCAGGAAGCUAAAGCUGGAGAUGACGUUGGACAAGAGGAGCUGCCAUGUGUCGCCACACAAGAUGAGGAUGACUCUAUUGAUGAAGAGGAGGCCUCAGAUCUUCAUGAAGAUACACACUCAGCUUUGCUAGCAGACGUUGAUGCAGCAGCUAGUGAGCUACACGCUGACACAGUUUCCUCUUCAGAAACGAGUGAAGUUGGAGAGGUAACAUCUUGUGAGGAACAGACCUGUUCAAUGGACGUCUGCACAGAUGUUGACAUGUUUCUCACAGCAGAUCCACAUGAGUUAAGUGAUGAACAGGAAGUGACUAGAGCAAGAAACAACUUUCUGAGCAGUGUGGCAGCAGAAGAAAUCUGCAUCACUGUUCCCCAGGGAGAUGUUGAUCGUCAGGAAAAGGAAGAUGAGCAUUACACAUUAGCUGAAGAAUCCACUGAGGUCCACAAUGAAUCACUUGAAAGUCCUUCAGGGAACUCAUUAGAAAGUGGAGAUACGAUGCUGUACCCUUCCAUUCCUGCUGAGGAGAAGCUGAUGAGUGAAGAUCAGACCUCGGCUCUUCAAGAGGAGAAAAUUUCUGCUUUUCCAUCUGAACGACAAACCUGCAGAGAUCCGUCUUCAGAUCUGGAGAAGUUGAUGAGUAAAGAUCAGACCUCGGCUUUUGAGGAGGAGGAACUUCCUGCUUUUCCAUCUGAUACGGAGCCACAGACCUGCAGAGAUCCAUCUUCAGAUCUGGACAACCUUGUUGAAGAGCUAACUUGCCUUGUUGGAGACAUCUGUUUGACAGACAACUGUCCAGAUCGACAAGAAGCUGAAACAGCGACAGAAGACGGUGAGCAGCAGGAGAACACACCUCCACAACAAGAAGAGGAUUUUGAAGACUCUGAGCUGACAGAAGAAACAGCGUCUUCUGUUGAGGACAGUUUUGAGGUGCAGCUGUCGAAGAUAACUCAUCUGUCUCUGAUCAUCAGUGGUGAUUCUGCUGAUGUUCUGGCUGCUGAGCGGCAGGCAGAAGAGUAAAAAACUUCCCUUUGUUUACUUCAGAUGGCCUCAAAUUUGAGUUUAUCCGCUGCUUUAAGUUGUAUCAGCAGGUACAGUUCAGUUUUCUUUGCUGUUGAUUUAUUGACUUGACCCAGCAGGUCGUCGUUAUUCUUUAGCCUAAUUUACUAAUUUCAUUGUUCCUAUUGAAAACCAGGUGUCUGGUUAAAGGUGAUUUCGUGCGGUUCCAGCUGUUCAAACAUGGAAUUAGUUGUUUGCCCAGCAUUACUCUGUUGUUACAGAUGAUCUGUUCUGAUAAAACGCCACACAAUUCUUUGGGGUGUUGAAUCUUCUGUUAGGUUUAUAAAAUACUAAUUUCUGUGGCUGUCGGGUGAAAUGCAAGAGAUUUUUUCUGUAUUUGGUGUGGAUACAUGCAUGCGUUAUUUAUGUUGGUGUAAUAAAUAUGAUUACAGA